CAGGGAGUCAAUGGGUGGAGCGGGAGGGGGCGGGACGGGGAAGGCACCCAGGAAACUCCGGGGAUUCAGUGAGGCCUGACACGGAUUAACCCGAGUGCCUGAAACACGGGGAAUGCAGCGGCCGGUAACCGGAGGAAUGGAAAGGCCCGGCCGGAACCCAUGAAUCCCGGUUAGACUACCCGAGCUGUGCAGCCUGGAGAGGCCCAGUACAAGCCCGCCGGCAUGUGGGGUCGGCUCGGAGCCUUCCUGCAGCAGGCAGUGGAGACGCGCGAGCCAACGCAGGACCUGCUGCAGUCCUUUAUACAGCACUGGAAAGGAGUCACCCAGUACUACCUAGAGACCUCGGAUGAGUCUUGUCCUGCCCGUGAAACGGACAUCCCAUGGCGACUCCGUCAGCUGAUUGAUAUCCUGGUGUUUGAGGAGAGCAAUAAUGGUUCCCAACUAUCUAGCGGGGACGAAGAAGACUCAGGCGCUGGAAGCCAUGCUGGGCCAUGUAUGGAGUAUUUACUGCAACACAAAAUAUUGGAGACACUAUGCACAUUAGCAAAGGCGGAGUAUCCCCCAGGGAUGAGGCAGCAGGUCCUGCUUUUCUACAGCCGUCUUCUGGCCAAGGUGCAGCGCCCCCUGCUGCACUACUUGAGCGUCCAUCGCCCUGUACAAAAGCUAAUUGCAUUGGCUGAGGACCCUGUUGGAGCCACAGCCCAGAAGGAGGAGCUACAGUUUCUAACUGCAGUCUGCACCAAACUGGAGAAGGACCCCUCACUGCUUGUCCAUGUGCUUGAGGAGGGGAGUGGAAGCAGAGUGCGAUGUUCAGGGGGUGAACAGGAUGGUGAGACUGAAGCCAGAAACCACAAACCCAGGCAGAACUUGUUCAAAGCCCUGCUGAGGCUGUGCACCUGUCAGAAGGGCCGUCUGUGUGUGCGUGCCAGGGAAGCCCUACUCAGGGUGCUGCACAGUGCCCAACAGGAGGGACCGGUUCACCUGAUUGUGCAAAGCAAACUCAGCCAGUAUGUGACUGAGCACCUGUGUGAGCUGCACCGCUGCAUCCCACUAAGCAUUCACCCCUGUGAUAUCACAGCGCUGCAGGAGACAGACUGGAGAAAAGACAGUGGCAGUCAGGAAUCGGAUGGUAUGGAGAACGCUGAAGCAGCUCUACAAAGGUUCCUCUGUUGGGUGGAAUAUUGCGACUGUCUCGUGCGGGAAUCUCAUGAGGUAGUUGCCAUGGAGAUAACAAGGUCCAUAAAGGAAGGUUAUUUGCAGGGGAUUCUACAGCCUGAGCUGCUAGAGGUCUCAGAAUUGAGUAUUCUACGUAGCACAGCUAUUCUUACCGCCGUUCUGCAUCGAUUCACCGCCACCCCUCUGCUGCGUCAGUUCCUCACGUUUCUUUUUGGCGAUGAGCGGGGCCCAGAGACGAGAGGUGAUAGAGGCUCACAGCUUCGGUCGCAACUCAUCCAGAGAUGCAACCAUCUGUCUGAUGAGAUAAGCCUGGCUUCCCUCCGACUCUUUGAGGAGAUUCUGCAGAUGCCAGAGGAGAUUGCUCUGCACAGCCUGGUGAUUCGCAACCUUGAAACUCGCAGCUACCUGGCUGGAGGGCAAGAUGAGAGCCGGGGGCAAGAGAGCGAAACCUGGGAUGGUGCAGAGGAACUUGAGGAAGAUCCCUAUUUUACUGAUGGUUUUCCAGAUACUGGCAUCCGGCUGCCAAGAAGUGACAACGCUCACAGAACAGAGCCUGCUGGGACAGAGCAGUGGGUGAAAAGUUUCUUGUCCCUUGUCCCUGAAGAGAUCAAGUCUUCAGAUACUGGUUAUGAUGGUUACCUCCAAGAUGCUAUAGUACAGUACAGAGCCUGCUGUCAGCAGGUGGCACAGUGGGGGUGGCCGGUUUCUUCAAAAGGGACAGGUCAUUCCCAGCAGGAAUUCUACGAAGGCCACUUCAUGGAGGUCCUUCUUGGCCGGCUGGGGGGAAUCCUGGACCAGCCAUAUGACGUGAAUCUUCAGGUCACCUCCCUACUGUCUCGUCUUGCCCUUUUCCCUCAUCCAAACCUGCAGGAGUAUCUGCUGAAUCCGUUCAUCACAUUGGCCCCUGGAGCCCGUUCCCUCUUCUCUGUUCUUGUCAGGGUAGUAGCAGACCUUGCCCAACGCUCACUGAGAGUUCCAGACUUGCAGGAGAUGCUCUUACUUGUGAGGCGCCAGUUGCUGGCAAACUCUGCCAAUGAACAGUUGAAUCACGUGACCCUUUGUCGUGGCGCCGUGGUCCUAGAGGAGUUCUGCAAGGAACUGGCAGCAGCGGCUUGCGUGACUCACAGCCCUGUGGGCUUUUAACCACUCAUUCUGCUGUAUAUCCACAGACGCUUCCCACUUACUCCUCAGCGGAAGAUGCGGGCAGCAUGGAGAACUAGGCAGACUUAAGUGCAAUAGAGAGAACACUUGCCCUUUACUGGGCAAUGUGCUUCUGCUUUGUAAACGUAAAGACUUGUUGUUUUUAAUUUGUGUGCCUUAUUGGAGAUCAUGACUUUUUAAAAACCCUAAGCUGCUAUACGUCUGAAAAAUGCCACCCUCUUUUCCCCCUAUUUCUUAACCUUGGGUCCCGAUGUGAAGAGCUUGGACUUCAGUUUCUCCAGGGAGCCAAGGUUAUUUAUCCAAAGACAUGCUGUGUUGUGUUCUUUCUUACUCCAUAGCCUUUUUUAUUCUUGUUGGGCCUUAUUGGGUAUUAUUACUUUUUAAAAACCCUUGUGCUGCUUUAUGUUUGCAAUAUUGUAGCCUUUUUACCCCCCCUCUGGUAUCAUGUUGUGUUGCCUUAUACCCAAAACAGCAUCUAUUGUUUCCAUCCAUCUUCCGUCCUCGUCUCUUCAGCGACAGAGAAGUUGUCACAUGACUACCUUCUGUUCUUACUGCUGCACCCUACCAUAUUGAUCAUUACCCCAUUUCCUCUCUCAGACAAGGCUCUGUGCAUGGUGUACAUAAAUGUAUGUGACGGUCUCAGAAAGAAAUAUAUAUAAAUCAUUUUUAAUAACUAGA